CGACGGACGACGGCCGCAAAAAGCCAAAAUGGCGGAGCUUGGUAAAAACGGGAGACGCGUCCUGCUGUGUGUGUCCAGCGGAAAUUGAGUGAAAUACGUGCUAGUUGUGGGCAAAAGUAUAUCGGAAGUGUGCCCCAGUGGUAGCGGAACACGGUCCCGAUCGAGGAAAUGUGAAGUUUGAUCUUUGGCAGUGCGAAAAUCCGUUAAAAGUACGUUCCGUGGCCCAAGAUUGGUUGGCUGAAGCAGCAGCAGCAGCAAAAAAAGCAUCGUGUACAGUAUACCAAAGCUGCUGUGUUAGUGGUCUGCUGCGGGUAUUGGUAAACUAUCAGGAGGAAAGCGACAACGGGAAGUGUGCGCGGAAAAGACUGUGUUUUUUCAUCUUCGGAACGCUGUUUAGGAAGGAGCAAUAUCUGAUACAAUUGUUCCGGUUUCCCGUGGCUUGCAUCAUCAGCACGGCUGCUAUCCGUACGUUUUUUCGGCUGCUGAAACGUGAACUUUUCGAUGAGAUUGGAAGUGAUUCUCGCCCGCUAUCAGUUUUAUAUUUGCAUUGGGACAUAAAUACUGUCCGCGAAGUUGUUUCUUCCUCUUCCAUGUGAAUUAACAGCUUUUUUGUAUUGCUUUUUCACACUUUGAUGAGCAAAGGCCGACCAAUUGAAAAACAUCGAAAAGAAAGUGAAGCUACAAAGCAAAUACGCAAAGAGUGAGAGUGCGAAGUAAUACUAAUUAGCGGGGGCGAGGUUAAGAUUGAUAAGUUUUAAUAUAAUCACAGUUUAGAUCCAUUAGCGGUCGGCGAAAUUGAUCACAACGUCAAAAUAUUGUCAAUCAUAAUGUAAUAUAAAAAGGAAGAAAAAACCAUUCAUUGUGAGUGAGGGAGGCAGAAGAAAAACAAAACCACACAAGCAAACAGAAGAAGCACUCUUCCCCAAUCCGCGCGGGUGAGAUCGCGCGUAAGUGUAGGUGUUGUCCUCUAUGUUUGUGUAGUGUUUGUGCAAGCGAGGAAAAUUUCCCUUGAGUAGUUUUAUCAUCUUCACUCUAGUAGUGUGUGCGGCGGGCGCGCUAAGUAGUAACUAGCAAGCAGUGAGCAGUAGGCAGCGAGUCAGCGCUAAGACAGAGGAAAGAACCAAUUCUCUUGUGCGAUCGGAAGGGGAACAGCAGAAAAAGAGCACCACGAAGCCCAACGAGGGGGUGCGUUGGAAAAGCGCGGAAAACAACCCCACGGCCACUAUGACAACAAACAUGUAUCGGGUCGGAGACUAUGUCUACGUGGAAACAUCGUCGACCUCCCCAUACCAGAUCCGCCGAAUUGAUGAGCUCAACAAAACACCCAACGGCAACGUUGAGGCAAAAGUGAUGUGCUUCUAUCGACGGCGCGAUCUACCCACACCGCUCGUGCAAUUAGCUGAUAAGCAUCAAAUGGCCACGUCCGAAGACUCUCCGGUAGCGAUGAAGCUGAAAAAGAUGUGGCUGAAAACACCGGUCGGCGAGGAACAAGCCGCACAAGCCGUACUAGAUCCUGCCCUAGUUGCUCUCGAGGAGGAACGAAACAGCCCUUGUGCCGGAGUUGGUGGAUGCGAACGUGUGGAACAACUGAACCCGAAGCAAAGGCACCAGAUGAAGCACCGCGAGCUGUUCCUAUCCCGUCAAGUAGAAACCCUGCCGGCCACCCAAAUUCGAGGCAAAUGUUCGGUCACGCUACUCAACGAGGAGGAGUCGCUGCUCAGUUAUCUGAACAAAGACGAUACCUUCUUCUACUGCCUGGUGUUCGAUCCGACGCAAAAAACCCUGUUAGCUGAUAAGGGAGAAAUUCGAGUAGGGAGUAGGUACCAAACGGAACUGCAGUCGCUGCUGAAGGACGGAGAAAAGUACGAGCGUAAUCUCGAGGAUAUGGAAACGUUGGUGUGGACGCCAAGUCAUGCGCUUACCGAUAAAAAGAUUGAUCAGUUCCUGGUGGUUUCUCGCUCCGUUGGUACUUUCGCUCGGGCACUGGACUGUACCAGCUCAGUGAAGCAACCGUCCCUGCACAUGUCGGCUGCGGCCGCUAGUCGUGAUAUUACUUUGUUUCAUGCGAUGAAUACCCUUCACAAGCACAAUUACUCGAUAGAGAACGCCAUGUGUUCGUUAGUGCCCUCCAGUGGGCCGGUGCUAUGCCGUGAUGAGAUGGAAGAGUGGAGUGCUUCCGAGGCGAAUCUGUUUGAGGAUGCGCUAGAAAAAUACGGCAAAGACUUCAACGACAUACGAAACGACUUUCUACCCUGGAAAACGCUCAAAAGUAUAGUGGAGUACUACUACAUGUGGAAAACGACAGACCGGUACGUGCAGCAGAAGCGGGUGAAAGCGGUGGAGGCUGAAUCGAAGCUGAAACAGGUCUACAUUCCCAACUACACCAAACCGAGUCCGGCACUGAUAACGAAUAACAACAAGAACAUCCUCAACGGUAACUCGAACGGAAGUGGCGGCGUAGAGGUAUUAACGAUCAGCGGUGGACGGCCUUGCGAAUCCUGCUCGACGCUAGCAUCACAACAGUGGUACACGUGGGGCCCAUCGCACCUGAGCUGUCGACUGUGCCAGAGUUGUUGGAACUAUUGGAAGCGUUACGGAGGCCUUAAAGUAGCAUCACGGUUAGCGGAUAGUGGUGAUAUCGACUCUACGGCAGCGCCAGGAGGGGCAGGUUCGCCAGGGGCAGCGAUACUGAAGAAGCAGCGCGAUGCCAGUGGUAUCACGUCUGGAACUGGCAGUGCCGGAAGCGACCUCGACGAUGAUCUGACGAUUGUGGCAAGCAGUGGGCCUAUCAAUAGUUUAGGUUCCGGCGGUCUGAGCAAUCAUCGACCGCACAGUCCAUCUUUCAAAUGUUCCAUCGUCAAUUGUGGCAAGGAGUUCAAGCUGAAGGUUCACCUGGCACGACACUACGCGCAAGCACACGGAAUUCAGAUUAGAUCCGGGUCGCCUCGGCCCAUCAUGAAGACGCGAACAGCUUUCUAUUUGCACACCACAUUGACCACUCGGCUAUCGAGACGUCUGUGCCGGCAAGUCAUACGAUCGAAGAAAGCCGCACGCCAGCCAUCGUACGCGAUCAAUAUUGCUGUUGUGAAACAAGAAUUUGCCGCAGCUGAGGCGGGCAAAAGUAUAUCGGAUAUCCGGCGAUUGCUAACCUACAAAAAACGAGAUCGGGGUAGUGUGACGCAUAUCGCAAACCGACUUGGAAAUCCUGGUGCAACCGUUGGUGAUUGGCUUAUAUUGACUCCCAAGGACAAGAUGCCAAAACCAGAUGUAGUGGCAUUUCCCAAACCACCGAAGGCUCCUGAUGGAAGUCUGUUGUACGAACGGAUACCAAAUAAACCCGAGGCUGAAAAAAUUCCACUGAAUCCGGUUCCAGUUCCCGCCGGGUGCGUCCCAGUACCGGGACUGGUAGGCGUUCCUGGUGUUACAGUGAAUGCUAUUGGAGCAUCGACAGCAGCGACGGUGCCAACGACAGUCGGUGUUGCACCCGUCGUGCCCCCUGUGAUGCCCACGUUGGGCAGUACAGCCGGUAUUACACCCGGUCGAGUUACACCGAAUGCUAGUGUUGCUAGUAUUCUACCCGUUGGAAGCAAUGCCAACCCACCUGCAUCACUGAAACGACGGAACUACGAAGAGGCCAAUGGAAUUGAUGGCCCGGUAGCACCACCCGCAAAACGACCCAACAAGGAUCCAAUGCCGUCACAUCGACCGACGCCCGAACAGUAUGCAGCUAUGAUGGCAGCAGCUCAGGCAGCAGGACAACCUCUACCACGACAUCAUAUGAAUGGUAAACCAAAAAUUGCACAAAUGACUCGAACUGGCUCCGGCCGCAAGCAGGUCAUUAGCUGGAUGGAUGCCCCUGACGAUGUCUACUACCGAUCAACUGAGGCAAGCAGGAGAACCCGCCGAAAGAUUCCCAUCACCGAGUUACGACGCUCUGCACGAAAGCCUUGGCGUAAUUUGCACCCGAAAUACGCGGUCAUCAUCGCUACUUUGCUGCCACCGGUUACUCCUGUUUCCGUCGAAGCAGUGGUCGGAAUUCCUCAGACACCCCCGCCACUCUCGUCACAGCUCACGGCUCAGCUGAACGCGACCAGUCAGAUUCCGCAAUCGGCGGCAAUUGCCACUGCUGCGGCGAAUAAUCUUAAUCUCAAUCUCAACACUGCACUGGCCAGUGUUCAUCCGCUGGCGGCACAGCUGGCCACUAGCAACAGUACCAACAAUAGCAUCAGUAACAACAAUAGCAGCAGCAAUAACAUCGGCAACAUCAACAACAAUAGCAGUAGUAGCAAUAAAGCGAACAGUGAUCUGCAGGUUGUAAUCCUAGACUGACCCGAACCUCCGACAUACUUGCACCCGAAUCAACAACUGCAACUACAACAGAAUGCACACACGACGCCGUCACAACAACAGCAACAACCGCAGCCACAGCCGCCGCCCCAUCCAUACACGAUGGAAGCACUGCUCAAUUAAGUCGUAAAACUGAACACAAAACAAGUAAAGCAAGCUCUAACUAUUGAAAGAGAAAGAAAUCGUUUUCGUUUUUUCUUUUCGAUUUUAUCUUAAUUUUAGAACGUGAGGUUGUUUCCAAACAGCGCCUCUGAAAAAAAACUAUUUAAAAUAAAACAAUAUGUAAACUAUUGAUGCUCUGUGAGACAAACAGUAGUAGCGAAAAGAAUAGGGGAAUAGUACUAGUAACAAAUAGGCGUUCGCGGUGAAAAUUCCGAAAAUUUUUCCGCCUGUGACCUGCGAGAGUGAAAUACUGCGCUGUUUCUGCAUGCGUAUGCACGAGCGGAACGAAAGAGAAAUGCCCGAGAGGCCCCGAGAUGUGCGGGUCGGACAAGUAGGGACAAGGAAAACAAUGUGAGUUUAAGUAUAUUUUUUUUGUAAAAUGUAAAAUACAUCGCUCCCUCUUAAUUAAGAGUAAAUUCUUAAAAAUAAACACACUAAAAAUGAAUGCAUUCAAAUUCAGAACAAAAAAAAAAAAACAAACACGUGACGAAACGCGAAACUGAUGAUAAGCUAAACUCAAUUUACUUUAAAAAACAGAAAGCAAAACAAAACCUUAGAUGAAUACGACAGAGAAAGCGAGCACAUACGUGCAGAAAAAAAGUAAAACGAAACUGUUGGUGAGAAGGAGUAUCAUUGAUUUUUUCACCUUUGAUGAAACCUCUCUCUCUUUCUCUUUCACAAAAAUAUACAAGUAACACUUGAAA